AUGGCCGAUGACUCGGUGGGGGAUCAACGAGUGUUAGUGCGCCCCGAACGCCGGGAGGGAGAUGUGAUCUCUUCUCACCGAGCCAUUCUGACUUUGUCCAAGUCCAUGUUCAAUGCUGGAUGUUUUUCACUCCCUUAUGCUUGGAAGUUGGGUGGUAAAUGGGUAAGUCUUUCGAUUUUUUGUUGUGUUUUAGAAGGAUUUCUAUCCAAAAAAGGAUGGUUGCAGAUCUCUUCUGCUUGAUUCGUUGCCUGCCCUUACCUUUGUCGAGAUCUUUCUUAAAUUUUGUUAAAGAAGUUCAUAAUUAUUUAUAUUUUAGGUAGCUUUUGUUCUUACCUUUGUGAUUGCUGGUCUCAAUUGGUAUGGAAACCACAUUUUGGUCCGUUCUAGUCAACAUUGGGCGAAGAAGUAAGUCGUCUUUCUUAUUCCUAUUGGUCUUUAGAACUGGUGUCCCAGCCUUGGAUUAUGGCCAUUUCGCCAAGAGAGUUCUCGAUGCUUGCGAGUUUCCCUUCCUUCGGCGGAAUUCGAAACGUUUCAUGUAUUUUGUCAACAUUACCAUCCUCUUUUAUCAACUUGGGAUGUGCUCGGUAGCUAUCUUGUUUAUCUCUGAUAACAUGGUCAACCUUUUGGGGCACUUCUUCGAGGGAUCGGAUCACACCAAGACCGUGAUAAUGGCGACAAUCGCAAUCGUCUUUAUACUCUUCACCAAUAUGUUCACUCAGAUGAGGGUUGUGAGUGCCUUUGCGAUGGUGUCUUCGAUAUUUUUCAUCUUGGGAGCCGUUGUUAUAAUGAAUUACACAGUCCAACAACCGAAUCAUUGGGGAGCGCUUCCUGCUUAUACGGACUUUAGAGGGACCAUAUUGUUUAUUGGCAUGUCCAUGUAUGCAUUUGAAGGACAGACUAUGGUGAGUUUACGACGGUAUUUUAACUAUUCCUCAUUGUAGGUAUACAGCAGUGACUGUAUACCUACUACAAUAUAGGAUUUUUAUGUAAACCUUAUUUUGUUUUAGAUCCUUCCGGUCGAAAACAAAUUGGAGAAUCCUGAGGACUUUCUUGAGCACUUUGGAGUUCUUCCAACUACCAUGUGCUUAUGCACUUUGUUCAUGACAGCUAUUGGAUUCUAUGGAUAUAAUGGAUUUGGAGAAGCGAUCAAGCCCACCAUCACUAUGAAUGUUCCAUUGAAGGGAUUGUACUCCGUUGUCAAUGUGUGUCUUAUGAUUCAAGCGACAUUAGGACAUUCAAUCGCCAUGUAUGUGGUGUUUGAUAUGUUCUUCAAAGGAUUCAACAGAAAGUUUACAAGUAGAUUCCCAAAUGUGCAUCAACAGGUGAGUUAUUGAUGUAUUUAUGGGUUUAUGAUGAUUUGAGGUCAAUUGAGAUGUUUUUAAUUUCUUUUUGUAUCUGGUUUUAGGUAGUAGAUAAAGGCUUCCGAAUCUUUUGGGUCCUUCUCACUUAUCUUAUGGCCAUUCUCAUCCCGAAGCUGGAGAUUAUGAUCCCUCUUGUUGGAGUGACAUCAGGAACUUUGUGUGCACUUGUCUACCCGCCCAUCUUCCAAAUGCUGACUUUCUGGACUGAAUGGAAGGAGACAUUAACUCCCCGACAAAGGUACACUCAAUUGGCCAUCAACUUUUCGGUCAUUUCCAUUGGGAUCGCUGCAAUUGGAGCUGGCCUUUAUGCGAAUAUCUACGAGAUUAUGCUAGCCUUUAACCAACCAUUGUGAUUCUUUUAUUGUGUCAAAUUUCUAUGUGAUUUCGGAUUUUUUAUGGUCACUUAUGGAAAAGUAUUUAUUUUAGGGUAAUAUCGUUUCCGUUGUCCACGCUUUAUCAUAUCGAAAGGGUUUGUUAGUGCCUUUUAGUUCAUCCAGUCCCUUGCCUUUCCAUCUCCAUCCAUAUUAUACUGGUCUGACGUCAUCUUCUUCAAUCUGUAAAGUUUUUUUAUUUUGUUCAAAUUUUAAAUAUGGAUAAAUUAUUGAGUUGAUAAUGGAAUUCAACCAUGGUUUGGCAAGCAAUUUUUCUUGAAUCAAAACGAACUUCGGUUCAAUUAUCAAUUUAAGAAGGGGAAGAUGUGAAAAAUUGAAAUUUCGCUAUGGCAGACAGCAAGUAGUUGUUUUGAACUUGUUGGUUUUUUUAAACUUUUGGUAUAAAGAACGGUAUUUAGUUGAGGUUUUAGAGUGUACUUUCCUUUGAAUUUAUAAGUUCAUAGUCGAAAAUUCUUUUGAUUUCAAGUACUACAAGCCGUAUGAAGAUGUUGUUUUGACGAAUACUUUGAGACCGUUCUUUAUAACUACCAAUGUGAUAGUGGAUUAGAAAGUUUAUAACUAUAUUUGUUGGAGGCGUUUGGAAACAGACUGUCUAAGGUCGUGUUUAAAGUUUGGUGGAACGGUGAUAAAUAAUCUAUUUUCUUGCUGUAUCUUUCAAACCAACUCUUCGCAAACUGUUCGGCAAUGGAUAAUAAUUGUUGAUUGCGUUGUUUAAAGUAAUGUAGUUGCGAGUAAUCGAAAGGUUUCUUAGGCUCGCUUCAAAUUUUCAUUAUUUCUCGUUUAUGCAACUUUAAACUGUGGAUUUAUUUUUCGUGGAUAUAGUUUUGUUUUAAAGGCAAGGUCAAAGAUCGUUUCUCCAAGAUACAUUGUUUUCCCCUAUAAACACCAGUUAUAUUGAAAAAGGUCGUCCUUAAACAUAAAUUAGCAACUUGUUUUCACUUAGAAACUCGAAAGACCAACGGUUCAUUUACAGUAAUCCGGCCUCCCUUCCUUCACGUGCAGCAUGCCAUGGACAUGUGAAGGGAAAGGAAAUGUGGGUGGGACUUGCCAUCGGAUUAUCUUCCCAAUUCAGCGUCUGAUAAAUGGCUUUUCAUAGGUAUAUAAUUUCAAUUUUUGCAAGGACUACAGAAAUUGCUGUUGACAUGAUGAACAUGUUGUCAUCUGCCGGACAUCUGACCGAUUUCAUUGUUUUUUUUCCUGUUUAUGGUCUGAUCAGACCUUUUAUCUAGUUUAUAAGUCCUUUCAGAGAUUAGUAUGUUCGUAUCGAUACGAGUAUAUUGCAUUUGGUAAUACUGAGACUUUAAAGGGAAAUUUUUUCAUUUCGAUUAGAUAUGGUCGGAUUUGAUAGAUAUAAAAGUGGAGUAGUCUUCGCACUCCUUGGAUUUACAUAUUUCCACCUGCUGUCCUCAUCUUUGCCGUCAAUCCAUCCAUAUUUUCUUCAUCUCCGGUUCACGUGAAUUCCUUGCGUUGCACUUGGUCUUCGUCCCUCGCAAGCAGACGCAUUCCCCGUUUCGCGGUCCGGCGACCCAGCUCGGACUCUCACUCUCUCUCUCCGCUCUGCAGAUCGGGGUUUCCCCCUCCUCGAAAUAUCGAUUAUGGGGUGAUUGCACUUGUGAUAGAGAUAAGACGUCUAGAUUGGUCUUUGUUGGUUUGUACGCGCUGUUUACCGGCUUGAAUUGGAAGGGCAUUUAAAAGGGGACUAUAGUAAUUUCGAACCAAUUAAGUCGCCUGUUUUUCGACCGUAAAACGGUCAAUUUGUUAGGAUUUCAUUUGUUUUAGUUUGGAUUGCCCUCCUUUUUUGAGAAUUUUCUUCAAAUUGCCGGUUGUGUAUGUGACCGUUUCAACUUUUUUUGGUAUGUUUCCAUGAUUUCCACACUCGUUGCAUUAGUGAUAUUUCGUUUUCGAAUGAAUUGUUGCGUCAUUAUUUUGAAAUCCCAAACGUUUUUGGCCCAAUUUCCACCUUUAAGAUUUACAGAAGUUCAGCGAAGUAAUAAGUAACAGUAUUCAUAUUUCUAUAACGCGUUUUCAGUGUAUUUUGUUAUAAGAGAGUUCAAGAUUAGUCAUUCUUUUCAAGUCUGCGUGGAUUUUGGAAAGGUGGGAUUUACAUUGGAAUACGUGCAGUUUUAGGGCUUGCGGGCAUGUCUGUGUGUUUUGUUCGGGAUCAGAUUUAAUACGAAGAGGACGGUUUGCGAGAGUUUUGUGAUUGUAAUUUGUUAUAAUUGACGAUUUUACCGUUGUUUAUUCAAUUUGAUAUCCCGAAUUAUUCCAUUUUUCUUUCAGAAACUUGGGUUCUGUGCUGA